AUGUCAGUAGCGUCACAACAAAUAGCUACAGUUAGUAAUAUUGGUGGGAGUGGUAGUAAUAGUAAUAAUUCUACACCGAAUCAACUGAGAUCAUCAGCAUUUGCGGGAUUUCCUAGAUUAGGAAUGGAAAGUGGACCAUAUCAAAAUAGUCUUGAUAGUUUUUUAUUUUCAUUUGGGGAAGGAAGAAAUUUAGGAUCCGCCAAAAUUAGUCGUAUUUGUCCAGAAAAAUCAUCAUUUGCGGUAUUUUCAUCACCCCAACAUGGUCCAUGUUUCGGACAAACGGAUUUAAGAAUGAAUGAUAAUUUUAAUGUAUCAGCCAAAUGUACUUCUCAAUGUUUUUCAUAUGAAACAGAAAUUUGUGAACUUCCAAGUUUUUCGGUUGAAGAAUAUGAAGUAUUUCAAGUUAUUAAUAAAGAUGCACCACUUGCUGCUUUACAAUCAAAUUCGAAUCCGGAAUUUUUUCCACCUUUGAGACCUGAAAUUACUAAUUAUCCUACUGCUUGGUAA